CUAGCUUCCUACACAACUAAGCUCUCUCUUCUCCGUCUCUAUUGAUCUACAUACAUAUGUUAUAAGAAGCAGAAGCAAUCAAAUAUUCAGCAAACCGGCAGAAGUCUUUUUUUUUUAUCAGUUUUGAAUUGAAUCACAUAGUGCUGGAAGUUUGCAAGGGAGACGAUGAGACGCCAUGGAUGGCAGCGUCCUCUCCAUCCUCUACAGAUCGUGGGCAUGUCUGUCUUCUUUUUCCUCGUCGCAGCAUUUUAUUGCUUUCUGGGGCUUUUCCUUGGCAACAGGAUUGCUGAAAUUGCCAUCACCAGUAUUUUCUCCUUUGUGGCCUUUUCUGUUGCAUUCCUAUUCGUAAGCUGUGCCGCUCUUGAUCCUACUGAUAGGACCGUAUAUAGAAAGAAAACUAAGGGAAAAUCCACUGCAUUUCGAAAGUUAAAUUAUGGCUUCCUAUUGGCUCAAGUUGUCCUAAGGGUUUUCAGGAAGGUAGAGCGGAAAAUUCUUGGAACUUUUAUAAGGAGAAAGUACCCAAGUCUUUGGAAAAGUAGCCUUCUAAGGGAGCCUUUGUUCUCGUUCCCCCUUGUUAUCGAUGAUUCAGUUGCACCCGAGAUCAGGGAGGAUGAAAUUUCUUUUUGCCUACUCUGUGAUUUUGAGGUGAAAAAGUACAGCAAGCACUGUAGAACUUGCAAUCGUUGUGUUGAGGGUUUUGACCAUCACUGCAGGUGGUUGAACAACUGUGUAGGGAGAAAGAACUACACAACCUUCAUUCUGCUGAUGGUUUUUGUCUUGACAAUGCUUAUGAUUGAAGGAGGAAGUGCUGUUGCUAUAUUUGUCAGGUGCUUUGUUAAUAGGAAAGGGAUAGAAGAAGAGUUCAAGAGCAGAUUCCAUUUAAAGUUUCCCAGAGGAGUUCUUGCAACUGCAUCGGUUCUAUUGUUCUUGAUGAGCACAUAUGGUGCAGCAGCACUGGGACAACUUUUUUUCUUCCAUAUGGUUCUCAUCCGAAAGGGGAUGAGAACCUAUGAUUAUAUUUUGGCAAUGAAAGAGGAGAACCAAUCUAUGGAGCUGGAAUCACUUGAAGAUUCAGAGUCUUCUUCAGAUGAGAGUAUUGACUUUGGUUCGCCUGAGAAGAAGCAGCCAUUUACCUCCCAACUUAAAUGCUCAGGAGGAAGAAGAAAAACCCAGAGCCCUCACAGGUUAUCCAUAAGAAUAGACGGAGAAUCUGAAUCGUCCAAGCUGAUGAAAAAACUGGGUUCCCGGGCAAGCAUUGAUCCGUGGAAGCUGAUAAGAAUGAGCAAAGAGAAAGCACUACACGCCGCGGCGAAGGCAAGGGAGCGGCUUGUAAUGAAUCAAAAGGAAUUGGGUGAUGAUGAUCAUGCACUGAACUUGAAGCCACUGCCUCUAGAAACAAAGAGAGGGCCUCUGAUGCAAAAUGACAAAGAUGGCAUUACGCCCAUCAUCAUCUCCAAUGGACAAUUCUCAAGCCCGAGGAGGAGAUUCUCUUAUUCUCCAACAUUAUUAACGCCGAAACAGAGGUACAGAAGUAACUUCGAUUUGAAAUUAACACAGGUCUCUACACAGCUCGAGACUUACAUAUCAAGGCAGGCAUUGUCUUCUGUUUUGACCAAAGAUGGGACACCAUCAACAUAGCUGAAAGGAAGAAAAACGGAAGGGUCUGGGUGGACUGGUCAUUGUUUUUCAUUCAAGUGUUUAUGAGAUGUAAAGCAAAACAUUCACAAACGGAAAGAUAGAUGAUCACCACCUCUGUUUUCAAGAUUUUCUACAACACCCUUACAUUUUCUCUCUUCAAAUUGAACCGUUUCUUUUUUACUUGUGUACCGCUUGAGCCCGGUUUAUUCUUUUUGGAAUCUGCCAAGACGACGACUUUGCUCGAAUCGAAGCUUCUUCUACAAUUGUUCGUGUGCAGAACUAUAGGAUCCAAGGAAAUCUCUAACCUGUUCGUUGUACGACCAAUAUUUUGAGACAGUCAAUGGAAAUAAUUUAGGUAGGGUUUG